CGCCGCUGCUCGAAGCGCUCGAGCCCCGAGACAGCCGGCAACGCGGCUGAAGCGAUCGACGGACUGCGCCGACUCACAAGUGAUCGCACUCGCGUUCAGUGGCAUUCGGGGCAGGAACAGGUGCCAUGGGUGACCAGGACAAGAGCCCUUACGGGUACCCACCACAGGCACCCUAUGGUUAUGGCGCGCCGCCGCAGCCCGGCUACCCUCCUCCCCAGGGCUACCCACCCCAGGGCUACCCUCCUCAGCCUGCUCCGUAUGGCUAUCCGCCACCGCAGCAGCCCUACCCUGGGCAGCCCCCCGCUCCCUACUACGGCGCCCCGCCCCCUUACCCACCGCCGGCGGGCGCGUACCCACCGCCAGGCCACGCUCCGCACCCAGGCGGCUACAGCGCCGGCGCCGCGAUGGCAGGCGCAGCGGCGGGCUACAUGAUGGGCCACGGCCACGGCACGCACAAGCCCAUGAAGCACAAGGGCUACAAGUACAAGGGCGGCGGCUACAGGCCCAAGUUCAAGGGCGGCAAGUACAAGCGCGGCAAGUAUGGCAGGCGCAAGUGACCCAGCGAAACGUAGCCGUGGCUGUGUGUGCGCGGGCGUGGCGCCGCAGCACGGACCAGCGCGGCGGCCAUGCUGCCACCUUCCAGCUGCACGGCUUGGGUCCCCUCCCCCCAUCUCCAUGCCCGUUGACCUUUCCGGCAUGUUUGCAUGUUCACGGCUUUCUUGCUUCUGAGCACUGUCCCGCCCUACUGAAGCACAUUCAGGUGGCGGGCGCCAAGGUGCCCGCCGCCACAUCGCUGGUUGACCCUGCUGGAUGCGUCAGCACCAAUCUGUUGCAUCAAGCUGUUGUUCCUCUUUCUGCCUGAUGGAUGCGUGCAUGUAAGACAGUAGUGGAG